GAGCAAUGGGCCCUCGACAACUCAACUCCUCCUAAGCUGGGUCUCACAUAAUAUUUAAAAUCAAAAUGUUGGGAGUGGAAAUUAUGUUGACUUAAAUGUAUCAGGUUUAUUACCACUGGUUUUCUAAUAAAAAGUGGCAUAGCACCAUAGUACCUAUGUUCCAAGUUCUUUCUUACUUCAACUCUUCUUCUAGAAUUUCAGUUGGAUUUAGCUAGUGGUGAAGAAUUUACUGUGAAGUUUGUAAAUUUGAAGCACCAGUUUAGUAAGUCUUUGCACUUGUUACAGUUUGGAUGGAACCUUUGAGCUAUGCUUUAGAAGGGAGAAGCUUUAUUUUUCCUGAUAAUGUAAAGGAAUGGAAUUUGAACCCUUUUUGUGAUGUUGAAAAAAGCAUUUGUGGCCCUAGUCAAGAAAUAACUGAAAGCACAGAGUUACUAGGAUCAGGUAUUGCUGAUAUUUUGAAGAAAUCAGCAGCCAAUAACCCGUCCCCCGGAGUUUUAAGUUCUGAAAUGGUUGAUGGUUGUGGUAGAAUGUUAUCCUCUACUUCUAUGUUUUCGUUUGAACCGAUUCCAGGAGAAGUUGGACUUGGAGCCAUGUUUAAUCAUAGUCGUAUUAAAUCUAACAAUCCAAUGCCAUCAUCGAUUGAUUUGAAAAUGGGGACUAGUCAAUCUUCAAAAGAAAGUUCGGUUCUUUCUUCUCCAGAAUCUUCAUUGCCAACUGGAAAAGCCAAAACAAAGAGUUUGCAUUCUCAGUUUUCUAUCUCUCAGGUUCGUCGUGGUCAAAAGGAGGAGGAGUCUACUGUUUAUAGGGAAGUCAAGAGUAAUCAAUCUUUAAAGAGAAAAUCAGCUUUGUCUUCAGACAAUUCGCCACUUCAGGGGAAAAAAAUACGGACUACGAAUUUGCAUUCUGAGGUUCCUGUCUGCCAGGUUCAUGGUUGUAACAAGGACCUGAGCUCCUCAAAAGACUAUCACAAAAGACACAAAGUGUGCGAUGAACACUCAAAAACUGCUAUAGUCAUCGUUAAUGGCAUUGAGCAAAGGUUUUGUCAGCAGUGUAGCAGGUUUCACUUGCUAGCAGAAUUUGAUGAAGGUAAACGCAGCUGUCGUAAACGCCUUGCAGGCCAUAAUGAGCGGCGGAGAAAGCCUCAAUUUGAUGCUCACUGGGGUUCAAGAUUUUUGGAUAUGACUUCACAAAGGAGAGUUCCAUUUCUUUUCCCAGAAAUACUUCCUGGUAGCUUCUUUUAUCAAGAAAAGUAUGAAGAUUCUAACAAUAGCAAGGACCUUAAAUUAGAACAUAAGCCUCUGUGCAUCUCUCAAUUGGCUAUGUCAGUCAAAAAUGGGCUAUUCCCUGCAAAAAACAUCCAGCAUCCGUACGAAAUGAGAAUACACGAUCCGUCAUUGUCAGUUCAAGAAUUUUCUGAUGGGCAAAACUCCUCUUGUGCUCUCUCUCUUCUGUCAGCCCACUCACAAAAAAACCUUUUCCACAAUUCAACAGAAAUUUCACCAAUUGAGUUAUAUUCAUCUGAAGUAGCUGAGCAAGAUGGGGUCAUUCAGAUAGACGGACAUGAUCAAAGACCGAACUCUAUAAAUUGCAAGAAUUGCCUUUCUCCAGAAGGUGGGCCUACUAUGGAUUUAGUGCAGUUGUCUUCGCACUUACAAAGAGUGGAACAGCAGAAAAAUUAUGUCCAAGUGAAGCAGGAAAAUGAUAUCUUUUGUUCUUUUACUUCCACUUGAGGGUUAUUGAGAGCUACAAGAGUGAAGGGUCAACAUCUCAAAUGGAGAUUUGGAGGAUAAUGAGGAGAUUAAACUAAUUCACUAGUGGCCUUUCCAAAAAGUCAAAAGGCAAAGGCAGAUUAAUAAAUGAUUGAUAUUGGUAUAUCUUUUGUAAGUGUCAACCGUCGCUCUUCUGUUGCUUUCCUAUCUUGCAUCAAUUAUUCAUUUCAAUAGCUCCAUUUCGUCUAAACAGUGCUCUUUUAUUUUAAUAUUCCCUGUUGUAUCCAAGGAAUCUUGCAGCAUGUACUGAUGUUUAACAAGAAAAUGGUAUCAGAAUGAUAACAUUUCUUUUGUGUAAUUUAUGUAUAUCAUUUCUUUUAUGUUAGUUGGGAAUGUAAAAAAACCUCGAGUAUAUAGAAACGAUGGUACUACAUUUGUCGUGCUAAA